AUGGAGCAAAACUACACAUUUACAAUUGAAUCCAAGAAAUAAAAUAUUGAUGCUCUUACUGAAGAAUAAUAAUAAGAAUUCAAAGCUAAUUCUGAGAAAUGCGAAAUCAUAGUCUUAAAAGGCAAUAGUUACUCUAAACAAUUUUUCCAUCAAUUCUCAGAAUUCAUCACAACCUCCAAAUAAUUGCAAAAAAUCAAUGCAAAUGAUAUCUUUGUUGGCAAAGGAAAAGAUGAAAUUCCUCAAUCGUUAGAGAUCUUAGGAAAUAGUCUAAUUGGAUUAAAUAUCUUAAGUCUUGAUCUGUCCAAUAAUGCAGUCAAUCCAUUUGGAGCAGAGGCCUUGAAGCCUUUCCUCAAAUAAGCUCAUUAAUUAUAAAGACUCUUCUUGAAUAAUUGCGGUCUUGGUAUCAGAGGAGUUACCUAAGUCUCAGAAGGAUUGUAAGAAGGAGAACAUAAUUUGCAAAUAUUAGCCAUUGCAAGAAAUAGAGCUGAAUGUGAUGGCGCAAUUGAAAUAUCCAAAGCAUUCCCAACAUGCAAGAAGUUAUAAGAAUUGCAUAUUUAUUAAAAUGGAAUCAAAUAAAAGGGUAUGAUGGAACUCUUAUCAUCCUUAAAUAAAAGCUGUGCUGAAUUAACAACCAUUGAUAUUAGAGAUAAUUUUGUACAUGAAGCAACAACAUAAGUCUUAAGCGAUCUCAUAACAAAUGCUGCUCAUUUGACAGCAAUCAACAUCUCAGAUUGUAACAUCUAAGGAAAAUAGAAUAAACAAAUAUUGGAAUCUCUAAGCAAAUUAGUCAAAAUUGAAAGAUUGGGCUACAAUUAUGCUGAAUUAAAUGAUGUCUAGGGAAAUGAACUAUACGAGAUUAUUGUUAAAUAAGUUGAUAAUGUCACAAAAUUGGAAUUGAAAGGAAAUGAAUUUAAGAAAGCAACAAAAUAAAAGUUUAAGGAAUUAUUCGCAAAUAAAGAAAAAGUACUUGGAGCAUUUGAUAGUGAUGAUGAAGAUGAAGAGGAGGCAGAUGAAUUGUAAAAACUAUUCAGUUAAUUGGUUAUUUGAAAUUAUGAAUAACAGUGUUAUUUAAGAUAAAUUUAUAUAAUUCUAAAAAUA